AUGAAAGCAGCAAAACUUCAGGACAUAUUUUUGAUACUUUGUUACAUUUUUGUACAAAUUGCAGUGGAACCUGUCGUGAGCAUUCUUUCGUACGAAAAUAAAAAUUUCCUUAAAAUCAAACAAGAUCCAACUACGUAUCAGUUAGCAUCAUCUUAUAGAAAUAAAAAGCAUGUUUCUGAUAGACACUCAAACGAUACUACUCCACGUGAAAAUACUAUGAUGAAUGCGUUUAGAACGUCACGCAACACUCCUGUAGGAACGAGUCGAAACUAUAGCCAAAAUAAAAACAACAAUGCUCAUGAUAAGCCUAUUUCUCAGUACAAAAAGUGGCAAGUUGGACGAGUAAGUCGAAAACAAUAUGAAAUUAUAAACAUGCUGUGGAGAAAAACAAAGAUAUUUGUUGAUGUGGAAUCGACCACUUCUACCCAUCUUCAUAGACGUAGUAAUGGGAGUGAAAGAAUCUUAGACAGUGUUCCUGUUUAUCGUUCACCUCUCGUAAGAGUUCCGCCUCGGCCAAGCGUCUCAUCUACAACUCCAAGUUUUAUUGAAUUCUAUUAUUUGGAUGAAUCAGAUGAUCGUUUGAAAGAUUUUCCAUCUAAAAAAUUAGUUCAGGUUCCAAAUCGUAGCAGAGAACAGCAACUUAGAAAUGAAAACCGUGAAUUUGUUCUUGCAAAUUCCCAUUUAUUUUCCUUUCGCAUUGACGAUAACGCCUACAAACAGACGAAGACACACACGGCCACCAGAUUUUCACAACCGACAAAUAAAAUGAGAAGACGUAAAACUAGAACCCAUGAUUCUGCUUUAACUGGGUUUGAGAGUCUUAAUUCCUUAACACCUUCAUAUAAAUUUUCUCGUCUGCAACGUCCACAUGUUAAGUCUGAUAACUUGAUAGCACCGAAAUCUUCAAGAGAAAUUAAAAUGAAUGUUACAGUAAAUACCUCAACUACAACUAUUGCAAACCCCUUAGUAACAAUAAACAAUGGUACAAUUACAAAUGGCUUUGAUAACGAGACAUGUCCUUUAACCACAGAAGACUAUAUGACAGAAAGCGAAAAUUUAACGUCUUCACAUAAUAAAACAUUACUAAAUACAACUGCGGUGGAGGUGACAACAGCGUACGACAAAAUUAAAUUUUUCGAAAUGUAUGACAGACAUACAUCCUUCCCGUAUUAUGAUGAAAACAGAAGAUUAAUGGACGUUGACAAUAUUGAUAUGUUGAAGAAGGGUAACAUUAAUGAACGAAAAACACUUUUGGAACACGUUGAUCAAGAUAUUUCUAAAGAAAAUAGUCAGCCUCAUAAGUCAAAACAUUCUAAAAAACAUAUAGUUGAAACUUUCAAAAACGAUGUCAACCUCCAAAGUGAUAUCAAUUCAAUUCCAGUUCAGAACAAAACAAUGAAACCUGAAAUCUUGAAUGAUUCAAAUACAAACACUAAUAAUAUAUCGUCGGUAACAAAACAAGACAUGAAACAAAUGUUACUAUCUCAAUCAAAAGUUUCUGAUUCACUCGAGUACAAAAGGAGCAAACAUGUGGAGUGGACUCAGUACCCAUUUGUUGCUGCUUAUGUGUAUGAGCCCUCACAGGUACACUGUGACGCUGCUGGUAUCAGUCCUCAUUGGUUGAUCACAUCUGGGUCAUGUCUGUCAAGGCAUCACAAGAAACCAGGUGGAGAAGGUCGGUCAGCCUUUGUGACGUAUUGUGGAGAUUCUUGGUGGACUCCAGAACGAGUGGCUUACGUCAAGUAUAGCCUGGUGCACCCACGUUUUAAUCCAAGGGAUAAAACGCGAAGACAUCUUUAUAAUAUCGGUCUAAUUCAAGUAGUAACUUCAAUGUCAUCUGCAUGCAGCGCCUGGUCAUCGAUUUCCAUGAUGUCCCAUCAAUUUGUAGCUGAUGACGAAGGAUCUGUUGCCAAUGCUGUUGGGUGGGGUUUAGACAGAUUCGACACAAGAUAUUCGUCCAAUGAUUUGCCGAAGUCACCGCUUAUGUCAUAUGAAAAUGAAGUAUUCUCUGGUUCCUGCCCUGGCAAUGUAGGGUACAGUAAAGCGAAGCGUCUUGCUGAAGAAGGUGGCGUCAAAAACGUGUACUGCCUUGCUUUGCCACCGUAUGCUGGCGAGGACACCGAUCCUAUACACGGUGGCUUGCUGCUCGUGGGAGGAAAAUUGGUCGCCUUAUACUUACAGGAGGAAAGACGGCCUUGGGGCGACCAGAGUGCACAGUACACAGGUAUCUGGCGACUGGUCCCAUGGGUACUCGAUGUAGCUCGAGAAAAUGAUGACGUCGACGCUUUCACACUCGAUAUGUAA